AUGCAUCCGGAAAUUCCUUUCGUCCCUGCCGGCUGCAGGUUUCCACGUAACUUCACCGGAUAUUACGAAGGUGACUAUGAACCGGACUCAUUCGUCACCAUAAACUCUACCCACAUCUACGUCAUCACCAUCAUCAACCAAUACGAAUUCAUGGAAUCCUACUUUGUGUGCUUGCAAAAUGUCGAUUCGCGCUAUCUUACGUACAGCUAUGACGUCGGUAAAUGGGCCUCCUCUCAGAGGUGCGACCUCGCCCAGACGGCAUUUAGCCAGUCCAUUGAAGAAGGUUCAACUAUGAAGAUGACCCUGAAAGAAAAUGAAAGAUUGUGUUGGUGGUGA